GCUGGAUUAUUUCUAGGAAAACAGUGAGUUCGUCUUUGUAAUGGAUAACAAUAAGGCACGAGAGGCUGCAGGCAAUGUCAUAACAUGCAAAGCUGCAAUUUGCAGGAAUCCGGGAGAGCCACUCGUGGUAGAGGAAAUCCAAGUGGAUCCGCCUAAAGCUUGGGAGGUCCGGAUCAAGAUUCUGUGCAGCUCACUUUGUCACACUGAUGUUACUAUCUGGAAAAUGAAUUCAGGACCUUACACAGUUUUCCCUAGAGUUUUUGGCCAUGAGGCUGUUGGUGUCGUGGAGAGUGUAGGAGAGCAUGUGGAAGAAGUAGAAAAAGGAGAUAUGGUGUUGCCAGUGUUUAUUCCGAAUUGUGGGGAAUGCAGGGAUUGCAAGUCGAGCAAGAGCAACAUGUGUUCUAAGUUUAAAAUGCGGUCACACGACAUGCCUAGGGACGGGACCAGCAGAUUCAGGGACAUAAAUGGGGAGACUGUUCACCAUUUCAUGUCUGUUUCAACCUUCACCGAGUAUACGGUGGUGGACAUCGCAUUUCUGGUGAAGAUCAGCCGUGACAUGCCUGUCGAUAAGGCUUGCUUGCUUAGUUGUGGAGUGUCAACAGGGGUAGGAGCAGCAUGGAAGGCGGCAGAUGUGGAAGAGGGAUCCACAGUGGCUAUAUUUGGUCUUGGAGCUGUUGGCCUUGCCGUUGCUGAAGGAGCAAGGCUGCGUAGAGCUUCCAAGAUUAUAGGUAUUGAUUUGAAUCCUGGCAAGUUUGAGAUAGGUAAAGAAUUUGGAGUCACCAAUUUCAUCAACCCAUCGUCCUGUGGAGAUAAACCAGUCAGUGAGGUGAUUAAGGAAAUGACUGAUGGUGGUGCUGAUUAUUGUUUCGAGUGUAUUGGCUUGGCUUCAUUGAUGGAGGAUGCAUUUCGUAGCAGCCGAGUGGGGUGGGGCAAGACAGUGAUAUUAGGAGUGGAGGCGCAUGGAUUGCCUGUGUCGUUGAACUGCUCUGAGAUUCUUAAUGGCAGAAGUUUUAGUGGCUCAUUGUAUGGAGGCAUAAAACCCAAAUCCGAUAUCCCUCUCCUCGCCAACAAAUUCUUGGAGAAGGAGCUUAAUUUGGACAAAUUCAUAACGCACGAAGUAUGCUUCUCGGACAUCAACAAAGCGUUUGAUCUGCUCCUUGAAGGCAAAAGCCUCCGCUGCAUGAUAUGGAUGGACAAGUAGCCGAAUUUUAUGUGUGUUAUGAAAACUACAUCGGAAAGAUAUUAACGACCAGUAAACUUGUUUCAUUCCUUGAUAUUAAACCAUCCCUUUACUGCUUAUCAUGUAAUAAUUUCAUGCCAUGAAAAUGGAAGCUAUUAGAGGACACUUGCCACGAAACAAAGUUAGUUUAUACACGUAUAGUCUUGGCUCCUCGCAAGGUACUUAGAGAUGAUUUCGUGA